CCUUUCAGUCACUGUACGCCUGUCACGCCGUAGUUUCCAGUCCUCUAUAGGUCAAACUACAGCAUCAGCUGAAGCAGAAAUGAUCCGAUCAUUAAGUUUACUCAAAUAUUCACUGAAUGUCUCUCAACGAGCACAUGUCAGGCUAUUAUCAUCCAGCAGAGGAGUCGGGAAAAGAAUAGUGCCCGCGACAUUCACUGGAGUUGAUACUGAUGGCAGACCUGCCAGACUGUGGAGCUGCAGCUGUGCUGGUGUCAGUGUGGCUCGCCGCUCCUACAGCACACAACAGGCCGAGACGGCAGAGGAGGAGACGCUCCACAGCAUCAUCACCGACACUGAGAACGUCCAAGGAUCCUUCUCCAAACACGAGUUCCAAGCUGAGACGAAGAAACUGCUGGAUAUUGUGGCCAGAUCGCUGUAUUCUGAGAAAGAGGUGUUCAUCAGAGAGCUGAUCUCAAACGGCAGUGAUGCGCUGGAGAAGCUGCGGCACAAGAUGAUGACAUCGGGAGGAGCGAGCGCAGACAUGGAGAUCCACCUGCAGACGGAUGCAGCCAAAGGCACCUUCACCAUACAGGACACAGGUGUCGGGAUGAACAAAGAGGAUCUGGUUGCCAAUCUGGGCACCAUCGCUCGCUCUGGAUCAAAGGCCUUUCUGGACGCUCUUCAGAGUCAAGCCGAGGCCAGCAGCUCCAUCAUUGGUCAGUUCGGUGUGGGCUUUUACUCCGCCUUCAUGGUGGCUGAUAAGGUGGACGUUUAUUCUCAGGCAGCAGAACCAGACGCUCCCGGGUACAAGUGGUCCUCAGACGGCUCUGGGGUGUUUGAGAUCGCAGAAGCCUCCGGUGUGCGCCAGGGCACUAAGAUCGUGCUCCACCUCAAGGACGACUGCAAGGAGUUCUCGUCAGAAGAUCGUGUCAAAGAGGUUGUGACUAAGUACAGCAACUUUGUCAGUUUUCCCAUCUUCCUGAAUGGACGUCGGCUGAACACCCUGCAGGCGCUCUGGGUGAUGGAGCCCAAAGACAUCAGCGAGUGGCAGCAUGAGGAGUUUUAUCGCUACGUGGCUCAAGCCCACGAUAAACCCCGCUACACACUGCACUACCGCGCUGACGCCCCGCUCAAUAUCCGCAGCAUCUUCUACGUGCCGGAGAUGAAACCGUCCAUGUUUGACGUGAGUCGUGAGAUGGGCUCCAGUGUGGCUCUGUACAGCAGGAAGAUCCUGAUCCAAACCAAAGCCACAGACAUCCUCCCCAAGUGGCUGCGCUUCCUGCGAGGUGUUGUGGACAGUGAAGAUAUUCCUCUAAACCUCAGCAGAGAGCUUCUUCAGGAAAGCGCCCUCAUCAGGAAACUGCGGGAUGUUUUGCAGCAGCGUGUCAUUCGCUUUCUUUUGGACCAGAGCAAGAAGGAUCCGGAGAAAUACGCUCGCUUCUUUGAGGACUACGGGCUGUUCAUGCGCGAGGGCAUCGUGACCACAGCGGAGCAGAGCGUCAAGGAGGACAUCGCCAAGCUGUUGCGCUUCGAGUCGUCAGCGCUUCCCGCGGGACAGCACACCAGUCUGACGGAUUACGCCUCUCGGAUGAAGGCGGGAACGAGGAACAUUUACUACCUGUGCGCACCCAACCGCCACCUGGCCGAACACUCGCCGUACUUCGAGGCCAUGAAGCAGAAAGACAUGGAGGUGUUGUUCUGCUUCGAGCAGUUCGAUGAGCUCACGCUGCUUCACCUCAGAGAGUUCGACAGGAAGAAGCUCAUCUCAGCCGAGACCGACAUUGUUGUGGACCAUUACAAGGAGGAGAAGUUUCAAGACAGCAAACCAGCAUCAGAGCGCUUGACCGAUCAGCAUGCAGAAGAUCUGAUGGCCUGGAUGAGGAACUCGCUCGGACCGAGAGUCACCAACAUCAAGGUGACGCCGCGCCUGGACACACACCCCGCCAUGAUCACAGUGCUGGAGAUGGGAGCCGCGCGUCACUUCCUGCGCACGCAGCAGCAGUUCGCCCGCAGCCCAGAGGAGAGAGCUCAGAUCCUGCAGCCCACGCUGGAGAUCAACACUGGACACGACCUGAUCAAGAAGCUUCACGCACUGAAGGACUCGAGCCCUGAGCUGGCACAGCUUCUCCUUGAACAGAUUUACGACAACGCCAUGAUCACGGCCGGGCUGAACGACGACCCUCGUCCGAUGAUCUCCCGACUGAAUCAGCUCCUCACUCAGGCGCUGGAGAAACACUGAUGUGUUCAGCCCGACGGACUUGUUUUGCCAUCAUUCGAGCCGUGUGUUGAUGCACACAGACUGCCGAGGUCGUGAGCGCACUGAACACAAGCAAACGCUGUUUAGAAGACGACUUGAGAAUCUUUGUGCAGGUGUGACAUUGUCGUUUAGGUGAGAGUCGUGUUUUACAGCUGAUGAGACUGAGAUUUCACCGUCCAGCCAACAAUCGUCUGAUUGGAGAAAAAGAAAACCAACAAUUCAGUGUUUUGUGA